AUGUACGCCAUACAGAAUGUGGGUGUAUAUAUAUACUUGUACCUCAUCCCGGUUUCAGGUUGCGACAGCGGUUUCGGCCAGGAGUUGGCUUUCCGCUUGGACCGUCGGGGGUUCCAGGUGUUCGCGGGCUGUCUCUUCCCGGAAGGCGAAGGAGCCCGGAAGCUGCGCGAGAACGGCUCCGCGAACGUCGUCGUCCUGCCCCUGGACGUCACCAAGGACGACCAGAUAGAGCGAGCGGUGGCCGACGUCAAGGGGAAACUGCAGGGCAGGGACCUGUGGGCCGUGGUUGCCAACGCUGGCAUCAUCUACGCGGCCGAACUCGAGUGGGGCAAGAUGGAGCCCCUGUGCAAGAUGUUCGACGUGAACGUGUUCGGCGUCGUGCGCUCCGUCAGGGCCUUCCUGCCGCUCGUCAGGAAGGCGAGGGGCAGGGUCAUCGUUAGCACCAGCCUAUGGAGCCACUACUCCGUGCCGUUCUCCGUGGGUUACUGCAUGUCGAAAUGCGCCGCACGCUUCUUCGUGGACGGACUGCGCAAGGAGAUGAAGAAGUUUGGCGUCAAGGUCAUCUCCAUUGAGCCCAACAUGUACGCGACGAACCUGACGGCCGACAACAUCCUGCUUCCGACGAUGGACAAGCAGUGGCGCGACACCCCCGAAGACGUGCGCAGAGAGUACGGCGAGGCGUACUUCGAGAAGUGUAAGGAGUGCCUCCGGAAGGGCCUCGCCGACUCCAGGACCAACGUGGACGAGGUCAUCGACGACCUGGAGCAGGCGGUGGUCGCCACGCAGCCCAAGUUCGCCUACCACCCGGACGGCUUCUGGAGGGGCCUCCAGUGGCGACUGUUGUACAUCGCGCCCCCGGCCAUGCAGGACUACGUCUUCAACUCCUUCUCUCAGCCCGCGGAGUUCAUCGCCAACCGGAGCAUUUGCAGGGGAUAG